GUUGUCCAGGAUGGUUUAAAAGAGAUUGAUGCUGCUGUGAUUAAGGUUAGGGAGAGUGUCAAAUAUUGUAAGGGGUCUCAAGCUAGGAAACAAAGGUUUUUAGGUUGUGUAGCUCAUGUGGAACUUAAGUCUGAUAAAGGUUUACAGCAAGAUGUCCCCACUAGAUGGAAUUCCACCUAUCUUAUGCUUGAGAGUGCUUUGUACUACAAAAAGGCUUUGAUUCAUUUUCAGAAAAUUGAUGCAAAUUAUGUUAAUUGUCCAUCAAGGAAGAGUGGGGUAGAAUAGAAAAGAUUUUUAAGUUUUUGAAAGUCUUUUAUGAAGUAACCCUUGCUUUUUCCGGAUCCCAUUACCCUACUUCCAGCCUAUACUUUCCUAAUGUGUUUAGGGUUAGGUUGUUGUUAAAAGAGGAAAUGAGAAGUUCUGACUUGUUUAUGCAAAGAAUGGCUACUAAAAUGAAUGAAAAAUUUGGGAAAUAUUGGUCACAAUUUAGUACUUUUAUGGCUGUUGCGGUGGUAUUGGAUCCACGCUUCAAGAUUCAAUUUGUUGAGUGGAGUUUCAAGAAGGUUUAUGGGGAAGGUUUGGAGUUUGAGAUAGAGUUUUCUAAGGUGAAGGAUGCUAUUAAGACGUUAUAUGAGGCUUAUGUGGCCUCAUAUUCUUCAUCACAUAAUUCUGGUUCUGCUGUCCAAGGAGAAGGUGGGCGUGCUGUGGAUGCUUCUAGUGGCAAUUGGGAUGAGUUGAUGGAUUUUGAUAGCUUCACCAAUGAGCAAUCAAAUGUGGCUGUAAAAUCUGAGAUUCAGAUGUACUAUGAGGAGCCACUUAUUCCCCGUGCUAACAAGCUUGAUAUAUUGAAUCAUUGGAGAGCAUGUGCGGUACGUUAUCCAAUACUUUCUACACUUGCCAAAGAUGUCCUUGCUGUCCCUGUUUCUACGGUUGCUUUGGAAUCUAUUUUUAGUACCGGAAGUCGUGUUCUUGAUUGUAUUAGAAGCUCAUUGAGUACAACAACUCUUGAGUCGAUCAUUUGUCUAAAGGAUUGGACUUUUGGAGUGGUGACUUUGGAGCCGCAAAUUGAGGCUUUGUGUGGAUCCGUCACGAAUUUGAGGGUGAAUGUAGAAGGUGAUGAGAGUCCAUUGCCAAUGUCGCCAGCGAUUGAGGCUCAUCGGCCAUCCUCCUCCAACAAUAUCUAAUGUUAUGUUCUUGUUUUAAAAAACUCUAGUU